ACACGAAAACCCUGGGGUUUAUCAUUCCCAGCAGCCAUAAUAAUACUCCAUUUUUUCUUUUCACCCCUUUCUUCUUCUUCACUGCCCGUCGUUCUCGCCGGAAGUUGCCAUUACUGGCUGUACUACUGUUGAAGAAGAAAUAUAUUAUGGCACCGUCAAAGGCUCCAUCGAAGAAGCAGAAAAAGGGAGGCAUUGACUUCAAAAAAAUAAAGCGAAAGAUUGGUAGGAAAUUGCCUCCUGCGAAGAACGCUACAAAUACUGAAAUUAAAUCCAAAGCAAUUAUUCUUCCUGAACAGAGCGUGGCAGCAGACAAAGUUGGGUUAGCAGUGAAUAAAAGAGGCUUAACUUUGAAGGAACUUCUUCAGCAAUCUUCGCAUCGUAAUGCCAAAGUUCGUAAAGAUGCUUUGAUGGGUAUUCGGGAUCUAUUACUUGCAAAUCCAUUGGAGCUAUCCCUGCACAAGUACGCUGUUAUUGAAAAACUUCGAGAACGUGUUGGUGAUGAUGAUAAAGCAGUUAGAGAGACUCUAUAUCAAUUAUUUAAGUCGGUGAUUUUCCCAGGAUGUAAUGAGGAAUAUGAAGGGAUGUUUGUUUCCUUGUUGAUGACCUACAUAUUUCAUGCAAUGACAAAUUUUGCAGUGGAAGUUCGGGUUACAGCUUUUAGAUUUCUUGAGCUUGUUGUCCAACACUAUCCUGAUUCUCUCUUUCAAUAUGCUGAAAAGAUUUUCCACAACUACGGGGAUAUGUUGCAGAUGAACAAGUUUUAUUUUCAAGAAAAGGGAAAGCUUAAGACUAUUCUUUCUGGGCUACUUCAUUGCUUGUCGUUGUUGCCUCCUAAUAAGGAAAAGGAUGCCUCAGCUGAAAAAAAGGUUGUUGAACGAAGAGUGUUGCAUGCUUUAGAGCCUGAUACAUCUACAGAAUCUGAUGGGUGUUCUGCCAUCAUUCCAAUAGUGAAAGAUCUUGUGCCAAUUUUAUUGAAUUAUUUUGAAGAAUAUAUUCCUUCUGUUAAAGCUGCUCCAUUAUAUGAUGCGCAGUCAUUCGAUUGUAUGCUUUGUUUGCUACAGAGCAUAAAUCUUUCAAUCAAGUUCUAUCUUUGUUUUACAUAUGGAGACAAUUUGAAACUAUGGUCUUCAUACAAAGGACUUGAUGCAAAUGUUUGGGCUAAAACUAUCUCCACAGUCAUAUCAAAGAAAUUAAUAGUUGUGUUUCCCCUCAAUCCUGUCCAUCGAGUUUCAGAGAAGGGUGCGGAAAUGUAUUAUACCUUGAAUUCCACAAUCACCGAAAUAUUUCUAUACUUGAGUGAAUGGAUCUCUCCAGCUGUUUCAUUAGAGCAUCUCUUUGAAUUUAUCGAAAGUGCACUGCUUGGAAAGAGUGACACUCGCUCUGCUAAAUCAGUCCAGGAGAAAAUUUUGCUUCCGCUACUUCCUUUUAUUCCACAACUCGUUUCACAAUUGUCUAGUGACUGGAAGUCCCGUCUUCUUAAGGCAUUUACCAAAGCUUUUACGGAAUGCAAACCACAAUCCUCACUUAAAUUGGCUUGCAUUCCGAUAAUCGAGCAAAUGAUAUGUCCAACAGAAGCCAUGGUGUAUUUAGUACCUGACAUUUUGGACCAUCAAAUUUCUUGGAUGCGAGAACUUUCGGAGUUGCUAUUGCUUUGUGAGAAUAAUCAAUCUUGCGGUGAGGCUGUAGUACGCCUUCUACGCCAUAUUGCAGUGAGUUGUGGAAAGAACCCUUCCUUGGCAUGUGAAUUUGAAUUUAUACAAUACUCGCUGCGAGAACUUUACAUAACUCGUCUUGAUGAUGGAAGUAUUUGCUCUGGCCCCUUUGUAAGGCUUCCGUCUGAAACUCAAAUGUGUGUUCUUGCUAUCAACCAAUGGUUUCAUUCUCUUGAUCCACCUCUUUUGUCGUCAAUUACUCAGUGUUGCUUAUGUCCCGAUUUGAAUCCUAGAACACUGUCUGAUAUCAUAGACAACAUACGUGAAUGUUACUAUGUUGCUGGUGGGAAUCUCGAUAUCAGCCACUUUCUUAAAUUCCUCGUUACUUUGCAAGCAGAAUUUAGGGUUUCUCCUGAGAACAUUUUUCCUUUCAGAUGGAAUGAUUCCAACUCGCGCAGUACUUUUAAGUUAGUCUGCAGCAAGACUUUAUCUUACAUAAAGGCAUUGGGUGAUAAUUCUAUUCUUCUUUGGAUAGUCGAGGAUGUAAUACUUGAGAAGAUGUCAGCUAAGCCUCCCCUUUAUAACUUCUGUGCUAUGCUCUGGCUUCUAGUAGAAUUGAUGAACUUGGAGACCACUAAACGUAAUGUACCGGCAAAACUUAGCCCUCAUAUUGUUACAUCACUAGGCAAUUUGCUUCCAGGAUAUCUUAUGGAUCUCGCCCAUUGUAUCCCAAAACACGACGAGGAGAACUCCAUGACUGUGAACACAUGGCGGCAUUUUAUCAGCCCUUGCAUUUCCUUGUUUUGUAGAAAUCAAAAUCUUUUACAUCAUACAUUGACAACAUUAGCUUCAUUGAUUACCGAGACUUGUCAACCGCAUACUACACUUGAUCGGAUGCAGUAUGCAACAGAAGUUUCAAAUACAGUAGAUGAAGUUGUCUCUAUUCUUCAUGUAAUGCAUGUGUGCCACACAUUUCAGAAGAUUCUUUCUUCAUUCAAGGAAGAUAUUCACCACAUUUUGCAAAAUAUUGUUUGUUUACAGUCAUCGAAGGAAAUCGACCUUUCACUCGAGGGAAAGCAGAAAGUACAAUCUGCAAUCCAUCAAGUUGAGGAAAUAUUAAGUUCAUUGAACUAGAAAGAGACAUGUAGAAUAAUAUUAUGUAAAUGUGAGAAAGAAAAGAUAAGAACAGGAGUUUAAUUUGGAUUCAUUUUAGUACUUUGGUUUUUCUUUUUCUUUUUUAGUUUGGUUUAUUAGCAUUUUUGUCUCUUAAGUGGAAAAAAGUGUAUUGAUUAUUGAAUACACUGUAUUCAAUCAAGUUCAUUUUAUUUAAUUAUUUUAUAGUUUUUAA